AUGGAUGCGGUAGCAAGGUCCCCCGCAGUCACUCUGAACAAGCUGGCUGAGAUUGCGGUACUCGUGGAUUAUUACGAGUGCCAUGAAGCCUUGGACGUGAUGGCCGAAAUAUGGAUGGACAAAUUGGUCGGAAGCAUGCCGUCUACAUAUGGCAAGGACAUCGUCAUGUGGAUCUUCAUUUCUCGGGUCUUUCAACGACCUUGGGCUUUUACUUCAGCAACAAAAAUCGCAGCAACCCAGAGCCAACAGCGGGUCGACCCGGGCGACCUACCGAUUCCAAAACGAAUUUUGGAUAAGAUUGAGGAGCACCGUCGGGAUGGCGUCAAGUCUGCACUUGACAUGUCCUACGAAUUGAUCACCGACCUACGCGAUGGUCACAAACAUUGUUCAGACGUCUGUGACGCCCUCCGUCUGGGUCUUUCGAUCCAACAGCUUCAUGCCGGUGGUCAGCUUCCGCCUCUCCCAGCGAUCUCUGUUCCCAACGUCAGUCUUAUGCAACUUACAAACAUACUACGAAACACCUCGACUGUGAGUUACUGUGAUAGUACAGCUGUAGAAACAUAUAUGCCCGACCCGCCGCACAGCUAUCUCACGGAGGUACGUGAUGUACUUGCGCUGCAUUGA